GGUGAGAAACCUUUUGAAUGCUCAGAGUGUGGGAAGAGAUUCAGGCGGAGUGGUCAUCUUCAACAGCAUCAGAGAACCCACACAGGAGAGAAACCUUUUGAAUGCUCAGAGUGUGGGAAGAGAUUCAGGCGGAGUGGUCAUCUUCAACAGCAUCAGAGAACCCACACAGGAGAGAAACCUUUUGAAUGCUCAGAGUGUGGGAAGAGAUUCAGGCGGAGUGGUCAUCUUCAACAGCAUCAGAGAACCCACACAGGAGAGAAACCUUUUGAAUGCUCAGAGUGUGGGAAGAGAUUCAGGCGGAGUGGUCAUCUUCAACAGCAUCAGAGAACCCACACAGGAGAGAAACCUUUUGAAUGCUCAGAGUGUGGGAAGAGAUUCAGGCGGAGUGGUCAUCUUCAACAGCAUCAGAGAACCCACACAGGAGAGAAACCUUUUGAAUGCUCAGAGUGUGGGAAGAGAUUCAGGCGGAGUGGUCAUCUUCAACAGCAUCAGAGAACCCACACAGGAGAGAAACCUUUUGAAUGCUCAGAGUGUGGGAAGAGAUUCAGGCGGAGUGGUCAUCUUCAACAGCAUCAGAGAACCCACACAGGAGAGAAACCUUUUGAAUGCUCAGAGUGUGGGAAGAGAUUCAGGCGGAGUGGUCAUCUUCAACAGCAUCAGAGAACCCACACAGGAGAGAAACCUUUUGAAUGCUCAGAGUGUGGGAAGAGAUUCAGGCGGAGUGGUCAUCUUCAACAGCAUCAGAGAACCCACACAGGAGAGAAACCUUUUGAAUGCUCAGAGUGUGGGAAGAGAUUCAGGCGGAGUGGUCAUCUUCAACAGCAUCAGAGAACCCACACAGGAGAGAAACCUUUUGAAUGCUCAGAGUGUGGGAAGAGAUUCAGGCGGAGUGGUCAUCUUCAACAGCAUCAGAGAACCCACACAGGAGAGAAACCUUUUGAAUGCUCAGAGUGUGGGAAGAGAUUCAGGCGGAGUGGUCAUCUUCAACAGCAUCAGAGAACCCACACAGGAGAGAAACCUUUUGAAUGCUCAGAGUGUGGGAAGAGAUUCAGGCGGAGUGGUCAUCUUCAACAGCAUCAGAGAACCCACACAGGAGAGAAACCUUUUGAAUGCUCAGAGUGUGGGAAGAGAUUCAGGCGGAGUGGUCAUCUUCAACAGCAUCAGAGAACCCACACAGGAGAGAAACCUUUUGAAUGCUCAGAGUGUGGGAAGAGAUUCAGGCGGAGUGGUCAUCUUCAACAGCAUCAGAGAACCCACACAGGAGAGAAACCUUUUGAAUGCUCAGAGUGUGGGAAGAGAUUCAGGCGGAGUGGUCAUCUUCAACAGCAUCAGAGAACCCACACAGGAGAGAAACCUUUUGAAUGCUCAGAGUGUGGGAAGAGAUUCAGGCGGAGUGGUCAUCUUCAACAGCAUCAGAGAACCCACACAGGGGAGACACCUUUUGAAUGCCCAGAGUGUGGAAAGAGAUUCAGUCAGAGUGGUCAUCUUCAAGGGCAUGAGAGAACCCUCGCAGGAGAGAAGCCUUUUGAAUGUUCAGAGUGUGGAAGGAAAUUCAGUUGGAGUGGCCAUCAGAGAAGCCACACAGCAGAGAAUGCAGUGGAACAGCAUCGGCGUCACAUCCUGGAUCGUGUCCUUUUUAGCAUAGAAUGGGAAGAAGCCGCUAUGCACCCUCCUCAGAUGUGGGCACCAUCCAUGAAGACAGAAGCUAUAUUCCCUGAGGCGGAAGGAACUUCCUGGAAGCAAGGGCAGAGAGCGCAGGCCAUGGAGCUUGCCCCAGAUGCCCUCUCCUGUGCAGAGGAUGAUCAGAGAAAUGAAGAGGUUGAGGAACUUUAUCAGCAAAGGUCAGAUAGAGUUAAAAAUGAAGAUCUGACAGAAAAUGUCAAGAAACGUAGCAGACCUAAAAGAAAAAAAGACAGCCAUUUGUUUGAGAAGCAAGAUGGAAGAAAGUGUAAUGUAUAUUAUCCAGUGCACAGAAUACUGAAGUCAAGUAAAUCCAUUCAGUGUGGAAAGCACUUCAGAAAUAGGUCAAAGUUCCUUGUGCACCAAAAAAUAUACAGAGCAGAGAUAUUUUUUGAAUGCUCAGUGUGUGGAAAGAGAUUCAGUCACAAUCCCACUCUUCUACAGCAUCAGAGAACCCACAUAGGGGAGAAGCCUUUUGAAUGCUCAGAGUGUGGAAAGAGAUUCAGUCACAAUCCCACUCUUCUACAGCAUCAGAGAACCCACAUAGGGGAGAAGCCUUUUGAAUGCUCAGAGUGUGGAAAGAGAUUCAGUCACAAUCCCACUCUUCUACAGCAUCAGAGAACCCACAUAGGGGAGAAGCCUUUUGAAUGCUCAGAGUGUGGAAAGAGAUUCAGUCACAAUCCCACUCUUCUACAGCAUCAGAGAACCCACAUAGGGGAGAAGCCUUUUGAAUGCUCAGAGUGUGGAAAGAGAUUCAGUCACAAUCCCACUCUUCUACAGCAUCAGAGAACCCACAUAGGGGAGAAGCCUUUUGAAUGCUCAGAGUGUGGAAAGAGAUUCAGUCACAAUCCCACUCUUCUACAGCAUCAGAGAACCCACAUAGGGGAGAAGCCUUUUGAAUGCUCAGAGUGUGGAAAGAGAUUCAGUCACAAUCCCACUCUUCUACAGCAUCAGAGAACCCACAUAGGGGAGAAGCCUUUUGAAUGCUCAGAGUGUGGAAAGAGAUUCAGUCACAAUCCCACUCUUCUACAGCAUCAGAGAACCCACACAGGGGAGAAACCCUUUGAAUGCUCAGUGUGUGGAAGGAGAUUCAUUGACAGUUCGACUCUUCAGCGGCAUCAGAGAACCCACACAGGGGAGAAGCCUUUUGAAUGCUCAUUUUGUGGAAAGAGAUUCAGUAGGAGUGGCGAUCUUCAAGUGCACCAAAGAACCCACACAGGAGAGAAACCUUUUGAAUGUUCAGAGUGUGGAGAAAGAUUCAUUAACAGUUCGCAUCUUCAACGGCAUCAGAGAACCCACACAGGGGAGAAACCUUUUGAAUGUUCAGAGUGUGGGAAAAGAUUCAUUAACAGUUCGACUCUUCAGUGUCAUCAGAGAACCCACACAGGGGAGAAACCUUUUGAAUGUUCAGAGUGUGGGAAAAGAUUCAUUAACAGUUCGACUCUUCAGUGUCAUCAGAGAACCCACACAGGGGAGAAACCUUUUGAAUGUUCAGAGUGUGGGAAAAGAUUCAUUAACAGUUCGACUCUUCAGUGUCAUCAGAGAACCCACACAGGGGAGAAACCUUUUGAAUGUUCAGAGUGUGGGAAAAGAUUCAUUAACAGUUCGACUCUUCAGUGUCAUCAGAGAACCCACACAGGGGAGAAACCUUUUGAAUGUUCAGAGUGUGGGAAAAGAUUCAUUAACAGUUCGACUCUUCAGUGUCAUCAGAGAACCCACACAGGGGAGAAACCUUUUGAAUGUUCAGAGUGUGGAGAAAGAUUCAUUAACAGUUCGCAUCUUCAACGGCAUCAGAGAACCCACACAGGAGAGAAACCAUUUGAAUGCUCAGAGUGUGGAAAGAGAUUCAGUCAGAGUGGCAAUCUUCAAGAGCAUCAGAGAACCCACAUAGCAAAGAAACUGAAACCUUUUCAAUGCUCACAGUGUGGAAAGAGAUUCAGUCACAGUGGCAGUCUUCAACGGCAUCAGAGAACCCACACAGGAGAGAAACCAUUUGAAUGCUCAGAGUGUGGAAAGAGAUUCAGUCAGAGUUGCAGUCUUCAACGCCAUCAGAGAAACCCACACAGCCCCGGCGUGCCGCCCGCCCAGAAAAAGCCCGGCUGCUUCACUUUCAUUUUCCGCCUCGCGCACGCCUCAGCGCUCCUCUGGCCCCGGCCAGUCAAAAGCCCCAGUGUGCCUGCCGCUGCUGGUGCAGCCAGAAGAAGCCUGGCCGCUUCGCUGCUGGCCUGCCUUGCGCGCAUGGGCGUAAACGAGUGCGUGCGGCCAGUAAGUGACCCACACAGGGCCCGGGAGAAGUCUCCUCCAGAGACUGCCAGUGGGCGGGUCCACCACCUCGCACCUUCCCUCAAGCUCAGGCUGAGCCGCUCAGCACAACUCAUGCUAGAAACCAGCUGCCGCGACGAGGCAAGAGCCAAGCCGCCCCCGCGGAGAACUUCCCCGCCUCGCUCGGUCCCUGCAGACGCCCGCCAGCAACUCUUUCCGCUGCAGAGGAAGGGGAAACGCUUCCUCCCCCUCCCCGCGAGGCAACGACGGCUCCUAAUGCACCCGGACGGGGCUGCUCGCGAGUAA